GCCGGCGCGAGGCGCGGAGGUGGGCCCCGGUCUGCCUCGGGGUCAUUUUUUUCCCCUUCUAAAUUGCUUGAGGUUUUCAGGAAUUACGCCUUUUCACUUUCAUUCCUUUCUAACUUGUCCUGAUGGCCGCGCUGAUUUUACAUCCUUUACUUGAACAGCGCAGGGUUGUCAUCCUCAGGAAAUCUACAAUGAUUUAACUGCUGAAAACCAUCUGAGAAACUUUCCAAAAAACAAUGGCCAGACUGUUGCAAGCUCCACCCAAGUUUCAUCUCUCAGAAUGGGACAUUGCAAACAAGAUGCAGUGUGCCAGUACAGAGUCUCAGAAAUCCAGGUCCGAGCGCGCGAUAGCUGAGAGUCAGAGGCUGCUGGAUGAAAUAGAAAAGACAACUCGGAAAACCCAAAGUGAUGUCAGCAAGAAAAUAGAACAGAGACGGGAAGAAAUACAAUUCUGGAAGCAAGAAUUAGAUAACAAACUUGAACAGAUUGUUCAUGAGACAGAGGUACUGUUGACUUUCAAGACUAGGCUGGAGAAAUCUUUGGACAGCUGCAAAGAACCACUCCUCAUUGCCCAAAAGUGUCUCCUGAACAGGCAGAGGCGAACUGGGAUUGACUUGGUGCAUGAUGAAGUGGAACAGGAACUGGUGAAGGAAGUAGAAGUCCUCCAGGGGGUUAUUGCUUUGCUUGGACGUACAUUGGAACAAACCAAUGAGCAAAUCAGACUAAACCGUUCAGCAAAAUACAAACUGGAAAUGGAUUUGAAGGACAAGUUCACAGCUUUGAUGAUUGAUGAUUAUUGUGCUAGCCUGACAAACAACACUCCAGAUAUCAGAUACACUGAUAAUGCAGUGAAAAUAGAAGGAAAUUUUGUUAGCCCUGAAGACUGGAUAGAUUUCUCAAACAUAAAUGUUGAAAAGGCUGAGAAGCAGAGAAACAAUUCUUUGGCACUGAGGGCACUGAUUGAUGGCAUCCUUUCACAGACAGCAAAUGACAUGCACAAGCAAUGUGAGAUGGUGAAUGUUGCAUUCAGAAAUAGGGUGAAGGAAGUCAAGGAUGCCAAGCGCAAGCUAGAGACACUCCUUGCAAUGGUGCUAGAUGAGACUGCCGCACAGGAGAAGAACAUUGCAGCUUUACAGAAAGCAAUUGCUGAUAAAGAAGGACCCGUUAAAGUGGCUCAAACCCGCCUGGAAGCAAGAAACCAUCGUCCCAAUGUGGAAUUGUGUUGCGACACAGUGCAGUACGGGCUGAUGAAUGAAGUUCAAGAGAUUACAAAAAAUAUUCAAAGAUUAAAGGACACACUGGCACAGGCUGAGACAGAGCUGAAAGGUCUGAGCCGUAGACAGCUUUCCUUGGAGGAGGAGAUCCAAGUCAAGGAGAAUACAUUGUAUAUUGAUGAAGUGCUCUGCAUGCAAAUGAGAGAGUCUGUUUACAUUAACAGCUUCUGAAACCACCACACUGGGAGAGUGUGUGUCCUCCAAAGAACCAGCUCCCACUGAAAUUUGAUUGACAAACCUCCAGAUGUACUGUUUUGGCUCAAUGCUGUCCUGGUUCUAGUUGUGCAAGGUAAUUACUUACCCCUAUCUGUUUCACAGCCAUCUGUGCUCUAGAAUGCCUGAUGAAAUCUCCCACUUGGCAAUAAAAUUCCAGAAUAAGAA